CUUCAAACAGUUUUGAUGUAAUGCUAUUGUAACUUCCGUUUUUCACAACUGCUAUUGUACAAGUAUCCUUUUUUAAUUGUUACUUCCUUCCCCGAGUCUACAUUUUAUUAAUUUUCGUUUUUGCGAGCCAGGUUUAAAUUCCCAUGCUAGGUUUUAACCAGUUACGUUUCUCUUGCUUCGUAUUCGCUAUUGAGACUUGGUGUGGUGCGUGAACGGUUUACUAACUUUACUGCUCGUUUGCCUGGAUUUUUGGUGACUCAUCCAUCCUUCUUAUCAGUGAUCAGACUCAUCAGAGUGACAAAGCCAUCAUCAGACUCAUCAGAGUGACAGAGCCAUCAGACCGUGCAGACUGCCAGACUGAGCAGACUCUCAUCUGGCUCUUUAUCGUUGCGACUUUCCUUGGCAUUUUUCCAGUGUUUGCUCCUUUGCCCGUACAGCAUUAUGACUGAGCAUUCCGCAUCCUCUGUUGCGCAUCCCGUCGCGGGAUUCCACGAUGUGUGGAAGCAGCUGUUGGUCAGCGGAGAGAAGAGCGACGUGCGGUUCGCCGUCGGACGUGAGCGUGGCGAAGUGCACAUCUUCUCCGCGCACAAAUUUCUGCUCAGUGUCCGCAGCGACGUCUUUGACCGUAUGUUCAACGGGGAGCUGCGCAAAAACACGGCGCAACCCAUCGACAUCCCGGAGAUUCGGCCUGCAGCGUUUGCUGCCAUGUUGAGUUUUGUGUACACGGGCACGGUGGAAGCCGUGGAGGGCCUGCCCGAGCCCUGUUCGCUGUCGGGCGUGGACAGUGUGUUCGAGGUGCUGUACUGCGUCGACAAGUAUGUACAAUCUGCCGCAGUUGACGGAGCUGGCGCACAAUACCGUCACGAGGCGGAUGGACUACCGCAACUGUCUCGACUAUCUGGAAAAUGCGCAGCGUUGGCCGAUGGGGAGUUGUGCGGCGAUCGUGGAUUACUGUUUCCUCUGGUUGAACACGUUCAGUGACGUUGUCCUGGCUUCGGAGCGCUUCUGCUCCCUGGAUCGAGCGACCCUGCUGCUCAUCCUGCAGCGCCACGGCCUGGACGUUGAGGAAAGCGCUCUGUACGCGGCCGUGGAAAGAUGGGCGACCGCGGCGUGCCUGCGCAACGCCCUGGACGCGUCGCCGGACAAUCGGUGCGCGAUUCUGGGCCCGGCUCUCUUCCACAUCCGCUUCCCGCUCCUGACCGACGCGCAGCUGGCCGACGGACCCAUCCAGAGUGGUUUGCUGCUGCACAGUGAAGUGACGGCGCUCUUCCUGUACAAGCACGCCGCCGUCAAGCCGCCUCUGCCCUUUGCCACGGAGCCGCGUGGUGGCGCGGAUCAGCGCCGGAAGCGAGCGCCACGGGAUUCGCCCGACAGUGUCCCGGCCAAAGCGCCCAAGACGCGCUUCCCGGAGGAACCGACCACUCCGCCGCGUGCCCGUAUGCCGGCGGGGCGCGGCGCCAUCCGGCCGCCCGUGGCGCGCGGGGGACACGGGAGCCGCGGCCGCGGGAGUAUACGAGGGCCGCGCGGUUCGCCGCCGCGUCGGCGUUCUAUCCGAUGA